AUCACUUUUGCACUAAGCGCAUGCGCUAACGUCGCCAGCGCGUUUUCCGCCAUUUUCUUCCUCCGACGAAACACAGCUUCUUUGUUUCCUCGUCUGUUUUAUUCCAGCAUUCCGACAAACCUACCGCAGCAGCCAUGGCGUACAAAGGACAGAAAGUGCAGAAGGUUAUGGUGCAGCCGAUCAACUUGAUCUUCAGAUAUCUGCAAAACCGCUCGCGUAUCCAGAUCUGGCUGUACGAGCAGACCAACAUGAGAAUCGAGGGACACAUCAUUGGAUUUGAUGAGUACAUGAACCUGGUGCUGGAUGAUGCAGAGGAGAUUCAUCUCAAGACAAAGAACAGGAAGCCGCUGGGUCGGAUUCUUCUGAAGGGAGACAACAUCACCUUGAUACAGAGUGUGAACUCUUAGUUUUCCUUCCAAACAUUGUCAUUUAGUGAUAUAGACAAGCCUGUACAUCCUUUACACUCAUCUCGGUAUAUACUGCAAUCUUGUGUCAUGUACUUUUGAACAAUACUCAUUUCUAUGGUAAAGAUGACUUUUGUGAUCACUUGGAUGUACAUGUGUAUUGAAGCUAUGAUGGGAAACUGAUGAUAUUUGUUAUUUCCUGAAGAAAAGAUUUCAGUUAUAGUUUCAUUAUAUUUUCUUUGUGGCUCAACCCAACCUGUUAAAAAACUGUACAGACAGUUUUUAAGGUGUCCUUUUUUUUUUAUUGAGUACAUAUAAACUGAACAUUCUUCUUGAGACCAUUAGAGUAAGGAAUACAGAACUGAGGUUUGCCUAUAGCCUCAGCAAUGUGGCUUAAAGACCACAUUGACAGACUCAUUGAUUGUUUCAUAAGAUGGGGCAAGGACGUAUAUUAUAUAACGUCCUUGGAUGAGGUAAAAAGGAAGUAUAUGAAGUGCUGAAUAAGCUUUUAGGUCAGUCCCUCUAACUUGUCAAAGGUAGAAAAGUGCACAGCAUCAUGAUACGGUUGAUUAUCAAGUAAGGUGUAUACAGUUUUGUUAUUACACGAGAACACGCGAUUUUACCCCUUACUAGUAGUUACUGUAUACCCAACUUAUUUUCAGGGCAUCAUCCGUGUGUCUUCUUGAAGCACAAACCCUAGAACUAUACUUUUUGUACUGUAUCACAAUUACCUUUAGUUACAAGUAGUUAUCACGAUACAAAGGCAAUGUGUCAUCCUUAUUUCUGUACUUCCGUUUUGAUGGUACAACUCAAAGCUUGCAGAUAAACUAUAGCUGAUUUCCCUGCUUCUGAUUUAUAAGAGAAAACAGACCAGUAGCCAAGUGUCCCCCUCACAGCCCCAACUGAAUGUCCCCUCCAUGGUAGUAUUCGAAUUUAGAAGGGAAACUGGAGUUUUGUACACAAUAAAACACCUCUUUGGUGAA